CCGGAAGCGGCCGGGCCCGCGGCGGAGGGACCGGGCGGAGCGGAAGUCACUCCGGGAGGCAGUGGCGACGGCGGCGGCGAGAGGAUGAACAACAAGUUCGACGCGUGCUGGAGAUACAGAGAUUAAUAAGACACUAUUCGAAGGGACCCUUCCAUCUAGUAGGAAAAUCAGAUGGAGGAAUGGCAGCUAAGGCCGAGGGAUUGAAAGAUGAUGACAGUGGGGACCACGAUCAGAAUGAAGAAAACAGCACACAGAAAGAUGGUGAGAAGGAAAAAAUGGACCGGGACAAGAGCCAGAGCAGCGGCAAGAGGAAGGCUGUUGUCCCGGGACCAGCAGAGCAUCCCCUGCAGUACAACUACACUUUCUGGUACUCCAGGAGAACCCCCGGUCGGCCUACCAGCUCACAGAGCUACGAGCAGAAUAUCAAACAGAUCGGCACCUUUGCCUCGGUGGAGCAGUUCUGGAGGUUUUACAGCCACAUGGUACGUCCCGGGGACCUGACAGGUCACAGUGACUUCCACCUCUUCAAGGAGGGGAUCAAGCCCAUGUGGGAGGAUGAUGCUAAUAAGAACGGCGGCAAGUGGAUCAUCCGCCUGCGGAAGGGCUUGGCGUCCCGCUGCUGGGAGAAUCUCAUCCUGGCCAUGCUGGGGGAGCAGUUCAUGGUCGGGGAGGAGGUCUGCGGGGCCGUGGUCUCGGUCCGCUUUCAGGAGGACAUCAUCUCAAUAUGGAACAAGACGGCCAGCGACCAAGCCACCACGGCCCGGAUCCGGGACACGCUGCGGCGAGUGCUAAACCUCCCUCCCAACACCAUUAUGGAGUACAAAACCCACACCGACAGCAUCAAAAUGCCAGGCAGGCUGGGCCCCCAAAGGCUCCUUUUUCAAAACCUCUGGAAGCCGCGGUUGAAUGUGCCCUGAGCCCCCUGGAUGGCACCGUCACUGAAGCCGGCCGCAUCGGAUCUCUUGUUGCGUUGGCGUGUACCCGGAAGACCCUCCUGUCCCGGACCAGAGCCGCUGGAGGAGCAUUUUCUGUUUUCAGGCUGCCAGGCUGACCCGCAGCAGCUACAACAACAGCUGAGCUCACGUAAUAAAUGGUGCUAAACUA